GAUGUGGAGAAAUGGGAGAGAGUCCAGCGAAGGGCAACAAUAAUGAUUAGGGGUCUGGAACACAUGACUUAUGAGGAGAGGCUGAGGGAACUGGGAUUGUUUAGUCUACGGAAGAGAAGAAUGAGGGGAGAUUUGAUAGCUGCUUUCAACUACCUGAAAGGAGGUUCCAAAGAGGAUGGAUCUAGACCGUUCUCAGUGGUAGCAGAUGACAGAACGAGGAGUAAUGGUCUCAAGUUGCAGUGGGGGAGGUUUAGGUUGGAUAUUAGGAAAAACUUUUUCACUAAGAGGGUGGUGAAACACUGGAAUGCGUUACCUGGGGAUGUGGUGGGAUCUCCAUCCUUGGAAGUUUUUAAGGUCGGGCUUGACAAAGCCCUGGCUGGGAUGAUUUAGUUGGGGAUUGGUCCUGCUUUGAGCAGGGGGUUGGACUAGAUGACCUUCUGGGGUCCCUUCCAACCCUGAUAUUCUAUGAUCUCUUCCAUAAUUUCUCAGCCUCUUUCCUAACAGCUCUGAAAAUGGCAGCUUCCCUUUUUUUAAACUAAGUAUAUGAAACUGCAGUAGUGCUGAGCUCAGCUUAGCAUAGUAUAGGAAGUUCAGUGUAAGCAUUCCCUACACAGUUCUGUUGCUGUUUCUCAAGCUUCACCUGCAGCACACCCUACUAAUACAGCCUUGUGGCUCCCACACAACCCAGCAACCUGAAGCAUGUAUAUUCUGGCCUAAACUGCAAUUAUAGUCCAGAAUGCUCUGCUGUGUCACUCCUAUGUUUCCCAGAGUUCUUGCAGUGCACCUCAGUCCUAAUAUUCAGCACCCCAGUUAUUCUAGCCCUGUACUGGUUGUACCACCUAUGGAACAAUAGGGGCAUCAAAAUAAGCAGUAAGCUGCCUGUUGGGCAGUCGCACUUGCAACAGGUUUACAUGGUUGUGAGAUAUUGGCAACAUGUUGCUGCUACCUUAGGAAACUUGAUCAGUCCCAUGUGUGCCGCAUUUGUUCCAUUUGCAGGGUCGACUGGUGUGACAAAAUUCCCAGUAUCAAAAUUCUUAAUCAUUUUUUGAAUGUCAGGCAUUCAAAGCAUGCUCAUUGAAACUUAGCUGCUUUGGUUUGGGAAUCUCACUUGUAUGGCCAACUCAUGAGUACCCAAGACCAUGUUUUAUGGUCAAAUAAUGCAAGGCAUCUGUUCUCAUGGUGGCCAGUACAAACAGUGUAAAGACCCACUAAAGUCGGACUUGAAAGCGUAUCAGGUUGACCCCAUCAGUUGGGAAGCAACAGCCCAUGACAGAGCAAGGUGGUAGCAGAUUUGUCAUGUUGCUGUUAACCAUUUGAUGCCAGGUGUGUUCACAUUUUAUGUGAAAAAUGUGAACAGCGCACAGCAAAUAUAAAAGAGGCUGCAAUGGUCAUGGACAAUCUUGUCUGUCCCACGCGUAACCAGGUUUGUGCGUUUUUCAUUGGUUUGACCUUGCGUAGAUCCUUCACUUAUAGGGUUUGUAGAAUCCCCUUAUGUCGACAUGAGACUCCAUCAUCAUCAGUUGUACCACACUGUGGGGUGGCAUUGUAAUGUUUCCAGUAGGGAAAUAAGCAAAGACUCUCCAAACUUUUUGCUUUUAUUCUUGUCAAUAUGUGCAGCUGUGGCUCAUGAUGAAGAGCUUGUGCAUUAACUGGUGUCACUAACCAGACUGCAGCAUGCUUAGAAUUCAGACAGUUACCUCUACUCAGUACAGGACUACAAGAGCUUUUAACGGGGAGCACAGCUAAUUGGAGUCCUCUGCCAUUGAGUGCUAACGGUCUUGACGUGACUGACUGACCGCUCCCCACUUGCUGAGCAUUAUCGAGUGUACUUACUGCAGCCCCAAACUGGGGUCAUCUGCAAAGAGAUCAUAAGAAUGGCCAUAUUGGGUCAGACCAAUGGUCCGUCUAGCUUAGUAUCCUGUCUUCCAACAGUGGCUACUCCCUCUGAAGCAUCUGGGACUAAAGAGAACAAGGCAAUUUAUUGAGUGAUCCAAACCCUGUCGUGCAGUCCAACUUCUGGCAGUCAGAAGCUUCUGGGACACUUGGAUCCAAACUGCAGCGUUCCUGAGAGGAUGGAGGGCACUUGUGGAGUCCUUUCAUUAUUCCUGAUGACUGGGCAGUGGGUGUACUCAAAGCCCCCAGAUAAGGUGGGAAUCCUGACAGUUGGAAUUCUGCAGUAACUUUGUGCCAGGGCAUAAGAGGGGCUUUCCCUGUGGGAUGAUCAGGCUCUAACUUUCUUUCUUCUGAAUUCUUGUGGGUAUGGUCUUGGGAGCAAUUCAUGUGAAAUGUCCUGUCAGCCUACCUGCUGGUGUGAUUAGUGAGUCCUUAUUUACUCUUUGCCAGGUGACACACCCAUUUAUGUUGCUGCCACCAUGGGUUACCAUGGUGAUGAGCCCAAACUCACUUCUGACCCCCAGUCUCCCUCACUGAGCAUAACACAUUUACCCACAGGCCAACCAGAAUUGUAUCUCGCUUGAAGGAACCUUCUGUCAAACUCCGUUAUUACUUAUUUGUAUUCCAGUAGUGUCUAAGGGCUUUGAGCAGGGAUGGGGCCACAGAACUUCUAAUGUAGAGCGUGUAGAGGUCUGCUCUGUAGAGGUCUCUGUUCUAGGGAUUGUUCAUGUAAAAGGCAGAAAUUGUGGUAUGUCUUCUCACCAGCAAAGUUCUUGGGUAGCAGGGACUGAUGUCCUCCCUUGCAAUACUGCUAGCUCCUUGGUUGCCACAUCAUUAAUCAGGCUGUAACUGUAGCCAGGUUGCAGUUUCUUAGGAGCCUGGGUCUCUUUCUAGUGCUCAUGUCCUGCCUGCUUAACCCUGGAGGAACUAACAGUUUGUAAGUUUUGAAAUAGCAGGGCUCUUGGAUAGAGGGAUAAAGACAGUAAGAGUUCCCUCUGCUAGGAAGAAAAAACAAGCUGGCACCUUAGAUACUAGCACAUUUAUGUGGGCAUAAGCUUUUGUGGGCUAGAACCCCCUUCAUCAGGAAAGCUUAUGCCCAAAUAAAUUUGUUAGUCUCUGAGGUGCCACAAGGACUCCUCGUUGGUUUUGCUGAUACAGACUAACACGGCUACCGCUCUGAAAUCUGCUAGAAGAGUGAUUCAGCCUGCUCCAGUUUCUCACAAGCAUUGGUUCAUCUUUUGUGAUCUCCAAAGUUCUGGUUAGCAUGAGGUGCAUCUGAAGUCUUCUGCAGCUGCAUCAUUGCUUGGAGCAAGACAGUCUAGAGCCUGACUCUUCCAGAAGUAGUAGAGUCUAGGAGUUCUCUUCCCAUUCAGAAGUGGCUUUAGCCAGCAACAGGCACGUGCUACCCUGUUCUAGAUAAUCGGAAUCUCUCAGGAGCCUGGAGGCUCUUUAGCUCUGUUACAGAUCAAGUUUGGUGAGAGACCCUGGAAGGUCCUGCCAGAACUGGCUUGAGGUUCUUCAGUACUGUAGACUCUUGUUAGGUGACAUCAUGGUAAAUGGUGAUCUGUCUGUAGUUAAAUAUCUGCCUGGUUUGAACUUGCAGUUGAAAAUUGCAACUUGGGGGAGUCCGAAGGAAGGUGAUCAGAGAUGAGAUGCUAGGCUGGCGGGAGGGAAUCCGGUGUUCAGGACAAUGGCAGUGACCAGGAGUAUGGAAAGGAUUCUAAGACCAGGAAGAAAAUGACAGUCCAUGUAAGGCAAUGGUCACGUUGUAGAUGCAUUUCAGCAGCUGUAGGACAGAAGGUUCUAACAGUGAGCAUUUCCUAAGCAGCUAGGAUCUGAAGGUGCCUGAGAAGGGAGUUUUCCUGCAAUAAUGCCUGAGGUUUGACCUGUGAUCUGUCGCACACUAUCCAUUAUCACAUCAGGACAUUAGUCAUUUUAUUAGUUAAAUGGAGCUCUAGUCCUUAGAAGAAGGGAUGGGGGAGGGGACCCGCUGCCUCUUCUGCAGGAGGUCCUGUGCCUGCUAAAGAUGUUAGGCCUGUGCUCCUGAUGGUAUGGGACUUGUGAGCACAGGCCAUAUGGUGUGUCUGGGAAGUUCAGUUACAAUUGAUGCCUUGAUUUUGGUUUGUCUAGCAAUCUCACCCAGAAAUGAACAGCAAAGUGCCAGUUACUCUAAGGCCCCCUCUAUCCUACUAACCCUGAACUGUGGUAAAUGGCUUCUCCCUGCAACCCAAAGGAAGAGGUCAAGGGCCUUGGGAAAAGCUUUGUGUGCCCGGAAGCCUGCUUCCUUUCUGGCUUGAUGCGUUUCCUGAAGAAGCAGCUGAGGAAUUGUGACCUCAGGCAUGUGCUUUUUAGCGUAGUCCAUUUCUUCUGAGGAGAGAUGAGCCCUAUCCUGAGCUGCUGGGUGUAACAGCCCUGACCUCCCAGGUGACUGACGGGCGGGGGUUUGCUUUUCCCACCUGUUGUCUGCAGCAGCUUUUCAUGGCCUUAGAAAUUCUCUAGUUUAUCAGUGUGAGAGGAAGGGAAAGGGCUGGUUCCUGUGUGGCUAAUGGAGGACUGCAAUGGUCGUUAAAGUAUCCAGGUUCAUCCAGGCGCUCUGGUGUCCCUGUCCAUCCAUGCCAGUGGGUCUAAUGCUAUAAUGAGGGCAACAGCAGGUGGUGGUUAGCAGAACAGCUCCUCUGUCCCCCUUGAGGCAGGAUGCUCAUUCAAAAUGUGUCUAUUUUGGGGGCUGGAAGGCCUGGAUGCUUGGGAAGAUGGUGCUGAUGGAGACUAGGUGCUGCUAGGGGAGGGGAAAACACAAGACACCCCAGCUGCUUUGUUGGGGGAUGAGCAAAUGGGACACAGUCCCAUGCUUGGGUGCAGAUAGAGGCCUGUUGAACUGAUUUCCUGCUCUGACCAAUGCAAGAUUGCAGCUGGCCGUGGCGGCGGCGGCAGCAGCUCUUCAGUAAUGUCCGAAGCCUGUGGACACACCCGUGCAGAGCCAAGCCAGCUUCCGGAGCUGAGUGGAGGACUGGGUGGAGCUGCAUUCUAGCACUGUGCUGGGCUGCUGUGUUUUGCGUUGAACUUCUGACAGCUUUCCAGUGUCCAGCACUGGCCUGAGUGCAGGCAGUGAAUGGCCUUAGAAAGGCACUCUAACUGGCCCUCUUUAACAAGUGUCCGCAGGGGAGUUCACUUCUGGAUUCAAGUUCUGCCUUUGGAUAGCUUGGCCUCCUCCAGGCUCCUUUUACUCUGACUUGAGGUUUAAUUAGUGAUUAAUUAUGACAACUCAAAGUGGAGGCUUCCCUUCCUCUGGUGUGAGGGGAAUAUUUGGAGUUUGGAAGCAAAUGGCUGCAUCAUCCACCAAGGAAAAACAGGAGACUCUCCCUCUGCAGUGCAUCUCAGUGGCAGCUAUUGGGAGACUCUGCCUCUCCCUAGUCUCUUGUGAAUAGCUCUUGUCAAACCUGAUUUAGUUGUUGAUGAAGCGACAGGUUGGUUGAUAAAGGUAACUAUGUAGGUGUAAUAGACUUUUGUAAAGUGUUAGAACUAAACAGCAUGAGUGAAGCACAUGUUAAAUUAACUGGCUAACUGAGAGAUCAUGAAGUAGUUGUCAGAGGGGAAUCGUUAAGUGAGUGUAUUUCUUGUGGAGUUCAGCAGGGAUCAGUUCGAGGUCUGAUGCUCUUCAAUCCAGAAGUGUAACUCACGUGUGUAAAGAUGGCAGAGCAGGAGCCGACCGCAGAGCAGCUGGCGCAGAUUGCAGCAGAGAACGAGGAAGAUGAACACUCUGUCAACUACAAACCACCUGCCCAGAAAAGCAUCCAAGAGAUCCAGGAGCUGGACAAGGAUGAUGAGAGCCUGCGCAAAUACAAGGAGGCUCUGCUGGGUUCUGUGAACAUAGCUACUGACCCCAGCACCCCUAAUGUGGUCGUGACCAAACUGACACUGGUCUGUGCCACUGCCCCUGGGCCUCUGGACCUGGACCUGACAGGUGAUCUGGAAAGCUACAAGAAGCAGUCGUUUGUGCUGAAGGAGGCUGUGGAGUAUCGGAUAAAAAUCUCCUUCCGGGUGAACAAGGAGAUCGUGUCGGGGCUGAAGUACAUUCAGCACACGUUCAGGAAAGGUGUGAAAAUUGACAAGACUGACUACAUGGUUGGGAGCUAUGGGCCCCGAGCAGAGGAGUAUGAGUUCCUGACCCCCAUGGAGGAAGCCCCCAGGGGUAUCCUGGCCCGGGGCAGCUACAACAUCAAAUCCAAAUUCACAGAUGAUGAUAAGACUGACCAUCUGUCCUGGGAGUGGAACCUGACCAUCAAGAAGGAGUGGAAGGAGUAGCCCUUCCACAGGCCAAUCCCCAGAGAGAGAGUUAGCCAGGCAGUGGCUACAGUAGAAAUCCCACCCUGUACCAAAGUGCUGACAUUGGAACCCCACCUUCCCUUCCCAUUUUUUAAGUCAACAAGAAGAGCGCUCAGCUCAGUAACCCUUCCCCUUCCCUCCCCCCAGAGAAUCACUGAAUGGAGCUGACCAAACCAUGCUGUCUGCAUCUGACCUCCAGCUGCCUGCCUCAGGGGCAUCUGUCCCCAGGCCUCUCCACCAUGCACAGAAGUGGGAGAGCUUCCUGCCCUCCCCAGGGCCCUGAUCAGAGUCUUGUCCCAUUGCUGCAUCUGACCUUUCUUCAUUGGAAUAAACCACAGGCAGGUGCUGAGGGAGAGGGACUCUGCAAGCUGCUUCCCACACAAAGGGGGCUUUUCCUAGUGCUCCUGCUCAUGGGGUGGUGCCUCAUUUUGGGUGGCUGAGGAAUUGUGAUGCCAGGCAGCUGCUGAACCCUUCUGUAGGCUAAAAUCAUGUCUGUGGCCUGCCCCUCCCCUCCAGCCAGUGUCUUGAACACUGGCUGGCAGCUUCAUUUGUGGCGGUUUCCUGUAACCAUGAUGCCUUAAUGUGUGUAACAUACAUUCUCUAGGAAGGGGCCCUGAUCUUGUUAGCUCCCACCCCAUAGGUUUGUUAGCAUGCCGCCCUCUCACCUCAGUCAGUCUCAUUGAAUUGGCUCAUUAGAAACGAGUCACAACUAACUUUGCUGCUGGCCCAUUCUCCUGAGCCUGCUGGCCUGAGAGGAGAAGGGCUUGUGGCGUCCUGUGCUGCUCCCGGCCCACACAGAGCCAUCCCUGGGGAUGUCCAGAGAAAGCUGUACUGGCAGAACUCUCCCACUUUCUGCUGUGGAGGUGUUGGCCCUGUUAGUGUAGAUCUCUCAACAGCCCAGUGCCUUCCUGUGUCUGCCCCAGCAUCUUUACUGCGCUGGGUCUGGGAGUCAUGAGUGCUGCUGUCACCUCCGAAUUAUUUCAUUGGAGCCAUUUUUGGCUGUAAAGCACUGAAAUGCCAGGGCAGCUCCUGCCCCUUCUCUUGGUUUGGUUUUCGGCUGGGGGAUAAAUCCGUUCAGUUCUGCAGCUGCUUUCACAACCUGGUCAGAACAAAGAGCUUGCAAUGGACAAAUAUUCAAGAGCAGUUAAUGCCUUAUGUAUUAGUUCUGCCUUUGAAAUCUCGUGCCUGGCCUGUCAGUAUUUAUUGCCUUGACAAGUAGACUCCAUGUCCCCAGAGCAGUCCCUCUUCCCCUUGCAUCCUCACAGCACUGCAGCCUGGCAUCCCUAACACCCACACUGGCCCGGUAGUUGGGGGGCAGGAACUCUCCAGGACCCUCCAGCUACUGGACAAGCAUGUUCCAGCUCUGCAGCCAUCUUCUCUGGUUGCUUUGAUAACACUGAUGUUGUACCAGAACUGGGACCAAAUGUGUGUGGUUUUCCUGUAGCUACGUCUCCUGCCCCAACUCUUCCUCUCCCUCUCCCCCUGCCCUUUAGAGAGAUUUUUGUUAAUUUGAUUUGGUGCAUUUUGUCUGUAAAUCUUAGACCCAGAUUAACAGAUUUGGAAUCAUCAUCUGCUUCCCCUUUUAUGACCGUUAAAUAAAAUCUUCAAACUGA